AUGGAUGCUUUCCUAGGAUCAUAUUCAGGUAAGCUUGAAGCAGUUUCUGGUGAUUUGGGGGUUGAUGUUUCAGAAAUUGCUGCGAACAAUUCCUCCACCUUGGGGCUGGAAGCGGUCGCAGUAAAGACGCGUGAUCUUUUCUCGGAUUAUUUGAAUCAGCUCAUGGUUCAAGAUUACACACUUGCUGAGGAAAACUCUUUAAGUUUCUUGGAUACUAUUAUGGAAAACAAAGAGGAUACAUUUCAGAUAACAGAUCCUUCUCAGCAGUCUAAUGAGGAAGUGUCACAGGAGGAGGUAAUGGUUAAUGAGGAAACUAAGGAGGUUGAUAAAAUGGAGGAAGAAACACAAACUAAUGGAGAAGACAAUGGUACUGAAGUGAUAAAUCCAGAGAUUGCGGAUGUUGAGCUGCCUGCAAAGAAGAGAGUGGUUAAAAAUAAGGCUGGUCUUCCGGGGGUUAACUCAAGGAAAAGGAACCCUGACUUCUCCUUGGAAGCGGACUGUAUCUAA